UGACCGCGGCUGCCUUCAAUCAGGCGCCCGGCAUUAGAGGCAACGCCGAGCGGGUGGAGAAGCUACGACGGCACAACGCAGAGAGGAGCGAUCGCCGUCAGAGCUGGAGGAGCUCUUCCAGCGAUGCAGUUGUUGAGACAGCAGCAUCGUCUCUCCGGCAGACUUCAACAUUUCUUGCUCCACUUGAUGUAGGAGACUUGGAAGGGAGCCCCUCCAGUAGAGGGGCAUCAAUAUGCACUAUGAAGUGGCAGAUUAUCCAAAGUCCAGCAGCAGCAGCAGCAGCAGCAGUGCAGCAUUCUUUGAAGCCAUUGACAAACGCCAAGUCAUGCCUAUGAAGGAGCUGCCCCAAAGUAGCUGUUCAAAUAGCAGUCGAGCUUUUUUGAAUUCCCAGAUGUCCUUUAAAAUAACUGUCAGCAAUGGUGGUGACAGCACUGAAGCUCAGCAGAGCCCACCUGAACUGCCAGUGCCUCUGCUAGAUCUCUUUCCCAAAAGACCUAGCAUAUUUGAGAGGCUCCCUAUUCUGCAAAGGACACAAGAGACACGAUGCCCUAAAACCGGCAGAGAGUAUUUGCAGCAAAAGGUGAAUGGUGCCUACAAUCAUUGUAAUUUGAUAUCUGAGAAGAAUAACUUGAUGGAUGUGGAGAUGACAAAUAGCUUGGGGCCCGUGUGUAGACAGAACCUGCUCAUCCACUCAGGAAGCUCGCUUACCCGAGACCACCCGUUGCCUUGCGAAAGACUCCUACAUGUUAGUCAGCUGAACUUGUCUCGCUCAGAUACAAGGCCUCCCGCAUUUCAAGAUUCAGCAGACUCUACCACUCUGUGCGUGAAUGGAAGCCACACUACUCAGCAUAUAAAACAGGAAUGCCGAAGCGAUUACAAGGGCCUUUCUGAGGUUUCCACACAUAGAGGGAUUACCGAAGGAAUGGAACUGAGAAGCUCAGGCAGCUUUCAUCCUGAAAUAGACCUAAUGAACAAUGGCCUUACAAAUUCACUUUCAUCAUACUUGUUUAAUAAUGAACACAGCUCCUCCCUGGGCUCAUUGUCACUCAGCAGCCCUCAGCAUCCAAGCAGGCACCAGGCAAGCAACCUGAAGAAGAGAUGCAUCUCCAUGUUGCCGUCUUCCGCUGAUGGGAUAGAUAUUACAACUAUCAUCCGCACGUCACAAACGUCACUGGUUACCUGCGUGAAUGGACUGCGGACUAAUUCAGCUGGCAUUUCCCCUUCUCCCAGAGAGAUCGCUCUCCACAGUACGCAGAAAGCCUCUCGUCCCCAGUCUUGUUCCCAGCCUGGGAACCAUUGUCAUCUUCCUUCCCCUUCGGUAUGCCUUGUACCCAUUUCCACUGAAAUUGUCCGAGGUGACUGUGAUCAUUCGCAAAUGCAGCAAACGGGAGAAAAUGCAAGCCUCUGUCUUAUAAUGAACAGUGCUAGUGUUCCUCAUCAAGACACUUCACAUAGCAGUCAGAAGUUGAAUUUUUUAAAACAAGAACCACUUGAUGAAUAUUCUUCCACCUCAGAUCUUUUCCAGCAUAACCAAGAGCUGCCACCACCUUAUCAUUUGCACCAGCAGCGAAGCCAAACUCAAGGGACGCUGUCUCAUUUACAUGCUUCCAUGUCUCCAAAGACAAACGAAUGCGAUGAGCAGGAGACCAGCAAUGGCAAGCAGGCCUGUCGGUGGAUUGAUUGUAGCGCUGCCUAUGAUCAACAAGAUGAACUGGUCCGGCACAUAGAAAAAACACACAUUGAUCAAAGGAAAGGAGAGGACUUUACUUGCUUCUGGACAGGCUGUGUCCGUCGGUAUAAACCUUUCAAUGCUCGUUAUAAACUGCUGAUUCACAUGAGGGUUCAUUCUGGAGAAAAACCAAACAAGUGCAUGUUUGAAGGGUGCAACAAAGCAUUUUCUCGACUUGAAAACCUUAAGAUUCACCUGCGGAGUCACACGGGUGAGAAGCCUUAUCUUUGUCAGCAUCCUGGCUGCCAGAAAGCUUUCAGCAACUCUAGCGACCGGGCUAAGCAUCAGCGAACACACCUGGAUACUAAACCAUAUGCCUGCCAGAUUCCCGGGUGCUCCAAGCGCUAUACUGAUCCAAGUUCCCUCCGAAAGCACGUGAAAGCUCAUUCUGCCAAAGAACAACAGGUGCGUAAAAAGCUACACUCGUGCUCUGAUGCUGAACAAGACAUACUAAGUGAGUGCUUAGCCAUGCAGCAACUCCACCCUUCUUCACAACACAUUUUGGAUGGCAAGUGUGGGCGAUCAAUGGGCCACCAUGAUCUAAUAACAGGCAUGUACACAGGUUCCAGCACUAACCACAAUGGACCAUCACCUGGUCUCCUCCCACCAUCUCAUGAUGUAACUGCAAAACAACAUAUGCUUGAGUCCACCCUCACCAGUGCACACCAUCAUGCAUCACCCAUAGAAGGCACCAGAGAAGGGAUUGUUCCAAAUAUUCAUCCUCCUCUCGUUAGUCCAUUGAAAACCAUAGUUGCUCCUCCCCUACUUCCGAAACACAGCUCCCCAUCAUCACACAGCCAAUCUCCAAGAGGGCAGCACUUCUCAGCAAAUAAAACAUAUACGCAAUUUCAAAACCAGUCUGCACAGCAGGGACCACAAGGUUAUCAAGGCAGCUUUCAUUCUAUACAGAACUGUUUCCACUAUGAGGACUGUUACCGAGCAAUGGACUCAUCUGUCAACAGUGAUGCGCUGUCAGGGGACUCCCAUUGCUUUAACCCUCUGCGACAAAAUGGCUAUCACAUCCUCAGUGCACCUAUAGCUUCAACAGGCUAUGAGGUCAUUUCUGAAUCACAAUGUGUGUCGGAAGAAGUAGUUAUCAACGGAACAGAAGAAAAUAAUGGAUUUUUCCAAAAUGGCACUUUUGAUCACUGUUUGAAUCACAUUCCUCCCAUCUAUACGGAUACCUAAGCCCGGCUAAAAUAUUUGUUUUCUUUACCAUGCUUAUGCAUUUUGUAUUUACAGAAUUGUUGUUCAACUACCUUUACUGUAUUUAGUCUGCAACUAAAUGUAUGUGCUCAUUUAAGUCAACCUCUCACAUUUUACCAAUCUAUUUUAUAAAGGAAUAUACUGUACAAUUAUUGGAAUCUAUUCCUUUGCUGUGGCACUUUGAAAUUGAUUCUCUUAAGGGAGAGCAUCCAAAACUGCUUGUUGUGUAAGUUCUUUUAGUAAAAUAUAAAUCUAAAUUAUAUAAUAUGCUUGUAAAGAUUUUUUUUAAGGUAUGUUUUCAAUUUAAGAAUCCCGGUCCCUUUAAUCACAGUUAAUUCAUCUGAUGUUUUCUUGACUAUAAAAGGACUUCUUUAAAAGUCACAGACCUCAUGUACAUAAAAGUUUUCACUAUGCUGAGCUGGUUUUAUAUUUUCAAUUUUACAAGAAAGCAUUAAAAACUGGAAAUAAGUCUACUGUCUUUUUUGAAAAUA